GCUGGAGUGGUCAGGUACAUGAUGUUUGAGAGGUUGACCAUGCUGAAUAUCCAGAGCACCUCAAACUGGAGUGGAGCAAAUGACUGGUACCAUCAGCAGAACGCAGUUCCCAGCCAGCUCAGCACUGUGUCAGAUGGCUGCCUGGUGGGGACGGAUGGGAGGAUGGCAGGAGAAGGAGGGCAUGUGGAAAGAGAUGAGGGAGAAGAGUCUCAACUGAGGCUGCAGCUGAAGAGGAAACUUCAGCGCAACAGAACCAGCUUCACAACAGAGCAGAUCGAGGCCUUGGAUAAGGGUAAGAAAACAGACACAAAUUUGAAUUACCG